UCAUCCAAGAAUAUAUCAUAAUCACAAAUCUGGCUGAAAAAAGUUCAGUGGUAAAAGUGAGCACGCAUGCUAAAACGGAAGUGAUGGUCAGUUUCGAACAAGUACCGGAUGAGGAUAGUCUUGCAGAGGCAGCAGCGCUUCCCCCAUACUUCAUGCAGUCGAUUAAACAACGAAAAGAGAAGGGGCGAAGCCUGUUAAAUCUAAGCGAUUUGGAUCGGCUUCGGAAUCCGGCCUAUUUCCGCUGCGAACGGGAGAAUCGUGGCGGUAUGGGCCAUAAUCGAUUGGAUCGCUUUACUCCAACAAUGGUCACCACUCCUUCAGCACCGUGCUGUUUUUCAAACGUGAAUUGGCGAUCGAGAAGUGAAACAUCGCUUUACUGUGAAAGACUUUGAAA